CUCCAGGCAGGGGCCGUGGUUCCCGAGCCCACCGGACGAAGCAGUCCAAGCUCUCCCAGCUGAUCCAGCGCCAGCUCCCCCAGCCAGACACCUUCAGCACUCCUCACGACGACAUCAAAAACACCACAGUCAACGUCAGGCGCAGCUCCAGGCAGGGGCCGUGGUUCCCGAGCCCACCGGACGAAGCAGUCCAAGCUCUCCCAGCUGAUCCAGCGCCAGCUCCCCCAUCUAGAGACCUUCAACACACCUCCCCGCACUCCUCACGACGACAUCAAAAACACCACAGUCAACGUCAGGAGCCAACCCAAGCGGAAAGACUGGCCGGUAAUAAUACAGUACCUAAAACACUGGAUAAAGUUAAUCUGAAUGGACAGGGAGGCAAGAAAUACACAGGUGCACCCCAGCUUGUGAAGCACAAAGAAGCGUCAGUGAUGCCAGUUAAGAAGAAGAGAAAGUUCCCUGGUUCAGAUGACAAUGAGCUUCAUAAGCGUAAGAUUUCCAGUUUCACCAGGCCUCGCAUCCACGGAUCCAGACACAUCACUGCCGACAAGCCGUUUUCCAACAAUAAGUGCCUGGCCUGGUUCAGCGAGUAUGCCGGCCCAGAUGAAGUGGUGGGCCCAGAGGGUAUGGAGAAGUUCUGUGAGGACAUCGGUGUUGAACCAGAGAAUAUCAUCAUGUUGGUCUUGGCCUGGCAACUCGAGGCAUCAAGUAUGGGCUUCUUUACAAAAGAGGAAUGGCUCAGGGGAAUGACCUUAUUACAGUGUGACUGCACAGAGAGUUUGCAGGGUAAACUGGAUUACCUGCGCUCUCAACUCAACGACUCUGGACUCUUUAAAAAUAUCUACAGAUAUGCCUUCGACUUCGCCAGGGAUAAAGACCAGAGGAGUUUGGACAUGGACACAGCUAAAUCCAUGCUGGCUUUACUGCUUGGAAGGACAUGGCCUCUUUUCCCAGUCUUCCACCAGUUCCUGGAGCAAUCCAAAUACAAAGGGAUGAACAAGGACCAGUGGUAUAACGUGCUGGAGUUCAGCAGGACCAUCAACACAGACCUCAGCAACUACGAUGAGGACGGUGCUUGGCCGGUGCUGCUGGACGAGUUCGUGGAAUGGCAGAAAUCUCGCUCCGUCGUAGCAGAGGACGGAAAACCAGGAUGCAAAACCAGCCAAUAGGAGGGACUGGAGAAUAAAGUAAAAGUACCACAUGAGGACUUGUUCCCACUGUUCUAAAAAGGGGGGGGGCUACCGUUCCCACCUUGACGGACUGCACACACAAACACACACGUGCAUAUACACACGCCUGACGGACUUCAUUAACACACAACCCUCACAACCCUCCGGAAACGGCCCCCGUGAAUCCUCAGCAGGUUUGCCGGAGCCCUUUUCCUCACCGAAGAGACUUUCUUUUCUUUCUUUUCUUUUCUUUUUUUUUUUUACAGUGUUAAUUUCAGCAAAGGAAAUUCCCAAACUAAACAAAAUUAACUGAAGGGAGGGAGUUUUUCAUACUUCAUUUGUUCAUAGUUUAUUUUAAGAAGAGAGUUGUCAAAAGUAAUUUACGGUGUUUUUAAUUUGUUUCUCUUGAAUUUAUAAGUUUAGUUUUUGGAAAAUAAUAAAGAACUGGAAAUUGAAUUGUGAAAAAAA